GGCCAUUGUAUGCUUUCCUGCCGCCUUCCUUUACUGUCCGCGUUGCCUAAAAACUCUUUUCCAGGCGGCUGCUUUGUGGGACGCCGCGAUGGACAACAAUGGCAACCCGUUUGGGCAAUUGCAACGCACAAUUGAUCAACUAGGUAGGGGUAUAGCGUCGCGAUGGGAACAGCUGCCAACACAAAUGGAGCAGGCGUUCGUGCCCAUGCGACACGGCGUGUCCAGAUGGUGGGAGCAGACGCCAAUUGCUCAGAUCAUUCGAAAUGCACAAGAUGCAGCAUCCGCUCCGAAGCGGUCGCGGGAUCAGGGGCUUUGGACGCCGAUGCUUGCGUCGCUUACGAUGGCCUCGCAAGGGUCUCGGCCACAGCCGGUGAUGGACCUGGCGAUGGCUAAGGAUGAGGUCAAGGCUCGGCUGGCGCCCGUGCCGGUUUACACGGUUGCAAACCCGAAGAACGAAUUCGUGCUUGUGGCGGGAGAGAACAAGACGCAGCUGGGCUUCUUCUUCUUCCGGAAAGAGGACGCGGAGGCGCUGGUGGAGAAGAUCCGCGAGGAGAACCCCCGCCUGGCCCGCGACUCCAAGAUCCUGCGUGUCACCAUGGACAAUGUGUACGAGGUGUUCACCACGCCGCGGGAGCAGACGGGGCUGCAGGGUAUCCACUUCCGCUUCAUGCCCGACAUGCGGCAGGUGUCACAUGCGCUGCAGCUGUACAAGGACGCGGGGGUGCCCACUGCGCAGUUCAUCGGGGUGCCGGUGUUCCAGGCGGAGGGGCUCACCGUCACCACCCGCGACAUGCAAUACGUGCCGCUGUUCCUGUGCAAGGAGGAUCUGGACAUCGCCGUACAGUCCGCCUACGUGCAACGCAGCGCAGCCAACAUUCGCACAUUCCGGGACAAGGCGGAGAGGUGCCAGGCGGAGUACGACAAGCUCUCCUCUGAGCUGUCCUCCGCCUCCUCCCCCCGCGACCGCUCCUCGCUGGAGACCCGGCUGGCGCGUGCGAGCAGCAAGCUGGAGGCGGCGCGGGACAAGGUGGCGGCGGUGGAGCGGGCGCCGCUGCCUAAAGUGGAGGUGGGUAGUUUCGAGGAGGUGGUGAUGCGCAUGACAGCCAGCGGGGGCAGCGAGCUGGCCGCGUGGAGUCAGGUGAUGUUCGUGGCGCCGGCACUGCUGCAGGAGGCC